CAAGACUGAAAAAUCUCAAGCUCUGAUAGAGAUCUAAGUCGCACUCCUUGUCCCUCAGACUCGACACCGUCCGUUGUCUUAUGCCCAUCGCUUAAUUGAGAAUGAAUGAGGAAGCAGCAGAAACAGCGAGAGAGUCGUUGGAGCUAGUGUUUCGGAUGUCCAACAUACUGGAGACGGGUCUGGAUCGACAUACUUUGUCAGUUCUCAUUGCUCUUUGCGAUAUUGGCCUUAACCCUGAGGCUCUCGCUACUCUCGUCAAGGAGCUUCGUAGGGAUUCUCAUUCUCCUACUUCUACGCUAGAUUAACAAGAUAAGAUCAUUCAAAUUGUCAUAUUUUAGAGUCUUCUACUUUUCCAACUUUUAAGCUUCGAUUUCAAUUUCGCCAAUGCGUUGUUGUGUAAAUGAGGAUUGGUAAGGUAAAUGUUCUUUUGGGGUUUAA